AUGACCGAAUUCUGGCUCAUUUCAGCUCCCGCGGAGAAAACAUGCCAGGAAACAUGGGAGAGACUACAGGCAGCAACACUCCCAUCUAAUCUCUCUUCUAAUGUAAAGUUCAACAUUCCCCAAUUAAAGGUUGGGAUACUGGAUGUUUUAGUUGAAUUAUCAGAUGACCUGAAGGUUCUGGAUGAAUUCGUGGCUAAGCUUCACACGAACAUAGCCACCUAUGUCUCCUCAUUACUGCUAGGCGAUGUCAGAGACAAAAUUGGUGAAAUUCUGUUGGCUAAGGAAAAUGACAUCAUUACAUAUAUAACAAACUUCCAAUGGGAUCUGGCCAAGUUUCCAAUCACAGAGUCCAUGAGGGUUCUUUAUGAAAUGAUUAAAAAAGAAGUACACCAAAUUGACAAUGACUUCAAUAGCAGAACAGCUACCUAUGAGAAGCUGAAAGAGAAUGUAAAUACUAUGGAAAAAAAACAAGAAGGAGGUUUUUUAACUAAAAGUCUAGCACAGAUUGUAAAGAAAGAGGACUUUGUCCUUGAUUCGGAAUAUCUCGUCACCAUAUUGGUGGUAGUUUCAAAGGCGAACUACGAGGAGUGGGUUAAGCACUAUGAAACAUUGAGUGAUUUUGUAGUCCCGAGGUCUAGCCGCAUUAUCUCACAGGACUCUGAUAAUUACCUGUGCAAUGUUACCUUGUUUAAAAAGGUAGUGAAUUAUUUCACAACCAAAGCCAAAGAAAGGAAUUUCUUUGUCCGUGAAUUUUCUUAUGAUGAAGAAAGGAUGAAAAAAGAAACGGAAGCGCUCUCCACUGCAAUCUUUGAAAAGAAGAAGUAUUUUGGACCGCUAUUUCGGUGGCUGCAACUGAAUUUCAGUGAAGCUUUUAUAUCCUGGAUCCACGUGAAGGCAUUAAGAGUCUAUGUUGAGUCUGUUUUAAGAUAUGGACUACCAGUGAACUUCCAGGCAAUGUUACUUAGACCCAAUGAGAAAAACAAGAAGAGACUGAGGGAAGUUUUGAAUGAUUUGUACAGACACUUGAUGGGUAGUAGUGUAGCAUUGGUAGCUGAUACUUCUUCUUCCAGUGUUUCAGACUAUGACAUGGAUAAAGAGGAUUAUUAUCCCUAUGUGUACUUCAAGAUAGAUUGUACUCUAUCCUAA